AUGCCUCACCCACCCUCCCCCUCUUUCCUCCUCUGUCAUGAACAACACUCCUCCUUCCAGCAACAUUCUCCGACACUCCUCAACACCCAAUUUUCACCUUCCAUUUUUUCCGACAACCACUGCUUCUCCCAACACGACCACCUUCUCUCUCUACUCUCCAAAGAGACCAAAACGCAUUUCACUCUCUCCCCUCGCCACGACGUCGUACGCUGGAUUUCUACACUUUCCCACUUCCACGGUUUCGCUCCUCUCACCACCGUUCUCGCCGUUAACUACUUCCACAGGUUCGUUACCAGCAUAAGCUUUCAGAGUGAAGAUAAACCAUGGAUGACUCAACUAGCAGCCGUUGCUUGCGUCUCUCUCGCGGCCAAAGUGGAGGAGAUACGAGUGCCGCUUCUUCUGGACUUGCAAUUGGAGGAAUCGAAAUUCGUGUUUGAAGCGAAGACCAUACAGGGAAUGGAGCUCCUCGUGUUGUCCACUCUCGAAUGGAAAAUGAACCCUGUCACCCCAAUCUCUUUCUUUCAACACGUUCUCACAAGGCUUGCUUUAAAGCGCCACUUGCUUUGGGAGUUUCAGUAUAGGUGCGAACGAGUUCUUCUCUCUGUCAUUGUGGAUUCAAGGGUUAUGAGUUACCUUCCUUCUACAUUGGCUGCUGCUAUAAUGAUCCACGUUAUUAAAGAGAUUGAACCGUUGAAUGCUAAGGAGUACCGAAAUCAGCUUCUUGGUUUACUCAAAAGUAGUGAGGAGCAAGUGAAUGAGUGCUACAAACUGAUACUGGGACUAUUGGUUCGCUGUGAAGGAAUUCACAAUCUUGCUCAGAGGCGCAAACGUUUGGCUGAGCCAAUUAGCCCUGGUGGAGUCAUUGAUGCAUCUUUCAGUUGUGAAAAUUCAAAUGAUUCAUGGUCAGUGGCAUCACUUUCUUUGGAGCCAGUGUUUAAGAGGAGAAAAGCUCAGGACCAGCAGAUGCGGUUGCCUUCAGUGAAUCGAGUGUCUAUUAAUGCUCUAAAUACUCCUCGUUAA